UCAUCUUACCGGGACAGCGCUAGAGAACGAGUUUGAGAAACUUUAAGAACAUGAGCACGCACCCAAAGUGACUUUUACAAUUAGUUCAGUUCAGAGUACAAUUAAGACAUCUAAGAAAGUUACGAGACCUCCCAAAGUUGACUGAAGACGAUGAUCGCCUCUCAUUUACUGGCAUACUACUUAACUGAACUUCAACAUGACCACGUCCAGCAAGUGGAUAAGUACCUGUAUCACAUGCGGCUCUCCGAGGAGAACCUGAUGGAUGUUUCGAGGCGGUUCAGGAGGGAGAUGGAUAAAGGUCUAGGCAGAGACACUAACGCGACUGCAGCUGUCAAGAUGCUGCCCACCUUUGUCCGCUCCACACCCGAUGGAACAGAAACGGGCAACUUCCUGGCCCUGGACUUGGGUGGAACCAAUUUCCGGGUUCUGCUUGUGAAGGUGUCUAGUAACGGAAAGCAGACGGUGGAGAUGGAGAACCAGAUAUAUGCCAUUCCAGAGAACAUCAUGAGAGGCAGUGGAACAGAGCUCUUCGAUCACAUAGCUGAAUGCCUGGCCAAUUUCCUUGAAAAAUUGGGCAUCAAAGAAAAGCUACUGCCUCUUGGCUUCACCUUUUCAUUUCCUUGCCAGCAGACCAAACUGGAUGAGAGUUUUCUGGUGUCAUGGACCAAAGGUUUCAAGGCGAGUGGAGUGGAGGGGAGGGAUGUUGUAGGCCUUCUGAGAAAAGCCAUCAAGAAAAGAGGGGACUUUGACAUUGACAUUGUUGCUGUGAUCAAUGACACUGUUGGCACCAUGAUGACCUGUGGCUAUGACGACCAUCAUUGUGAGAUCGGCCUCAUUGUUGGUACGGGAACCAACGCUUGCUACAUGGAGGAGAUGCGGCACCUAGAGCUGGUGGACGGGGACGAGGGUCGUAUGUGUGUAAACAUGGAGUGGGGCGCAUUUGGAGACGAUGGCACUCUGGACGACCUCCGCACUGACUUCGACCGGGAGAUUGAUGCAGGCUCCCUCAACCCAGGCAAACAGCUCUUUGAGAAGAUGAUCAGUGGGAUGUAUAUGGGGGAGCUGGUCAGACUCAUGCUUGUGAAGAUGGCCAAAGAUGGCCUGCUGUUCCAGGGUCACACCACUCCAGAUCUACUCACCACCGGACACUUCCAGACCUCCUUUGUGUCUACCAUCGAAAAUGAAAAGAAUAACGAGGGUUUGUUGAGUGCAGAUCAGGUGUUGAGAGGUCUCGGGUUGAAUCCGUCCCCUGAAGACUGUGUGGCCACGCAGCGAGUGUGUCAAAUUGUGUCCACGCGUGCGGCGCAUCUUUGUGCAGCGUCGCUUGCAGCGGUACUGCGGCAGAUCCGAGACAACAAGGCUGUAGAGAGAUUGCGCACCACCGUUGGCGUAGAUGGAUCUGUCUACAAAAACCACCCACAGUUUGCUCGGAAAAUGCAAAAGAUGGUGCGGCGGUUGGUGCCUGACUGUGACGUGCGCUUCUUACGCUCCGAGGAUGGCAGCGGCAAGGGUGCUGCCAUGGUUACAGCUGUGGCAUACCGGUUGGCAAAGCAGCAUGCAGAACGUCAGCGUAUCCUGGACACCCUGCGGCUCAGCCGGGAUCAACUGACGGAGGUGAAGAGAAGGAUGACGGAGGAGAUGAACCGAGGCCUGGCUAAACAAACACAUCCUACAGCCACUGUCAAAAUGCUGCCCACAUUUGUGCGGUCCACACCAGAUGGAACAGAGCGUGGUGACUUCUUGGCGCUGGACCUGGGCGGAACAAACUUUAGAGUGCUCUUGGUGCGUGUUCGAAGUGGGAAAAGACGGAGUGUCGAGAUGCAUAACAAGAUCUACACUAUCCCUCAAGACAUCACCCAGGGAACUGGGGAAGAGUUAUUCGAUCACAUCGUGCACUGUAUAGCAGAUUUCCUUGAGUAUAUGGGAAUGAAGGGGGCAUCCCUGCCUCUCGGGUUCACCUUCUCUUUUCCAUGCCAUCAGACCCGACUGGACCAGGGUGUCUUGAUAAAGUGGACGAAGGGCUUCAAGGCCUCUGGCUGUGAGGGAGAAGACGUGGCUACACUACUGAAAGAUGCCAUCCAUCGCAGUGAGGAGUUUGAUUUAGAUGUGGUAGCUGUGGUGAAUGACACCGUGGGCACAAUGAUGACCUGUGGGUAUGAAGACCCACAAUGUGAAGUUGGACUCAUUGUAGGCACAGGUACUAAUGCAUGCUACAUGGAGGAGAUGUCUAACGUUGAGCUGGUGGAGGGGAGCGAGGGCCGGAUGUGUGUGAACAUGGAGUGGGGAGCAUUCGGGGAUUGUGGGGAGCUGGAUGACAUUUGCACAGAGUUUGAUAGAGCUGUGGAUGAUCAGUCCACUAACUCUGGCAAACAGCGGUAUGAGAAGAUGAUCAGUGGGAUGUAUCUUGGAGAGGUCGUAAGAAACGUUCUCCUGGACUUCACUGCUAAAGGUCUGCUUUUCCGUGGCAAACUCUCUGAGAGGCUGAAAACUCGUGGAAUCUUCGAGACCAAGUUCCUGUCACAGAUCGAGAGUGAUCGUUUGGCACUACGGCAGGUCCGCUCCAUACUGCAGCACUUGGGUUUGACGAGCAGUACGUGUGAUGACAGUAUUCUUGUGAAAGAAGUGUGCAGUGUGGUGUCCAAACGGGCCGCUCAGUUGUGUGGAGCUGGUUUGGCUGCAGUUGUGGACAAGAUACGGCUGAACCGUGGCCUUGAUCAACUCAAAAUCACAGUUGGAGUAGACGGCACACUCUACAAACUCCACCCACACUUUUCCACCAUCAUGCGGAAGACCUUAAGAGACUUGGCGCCAAACUGUGAGGUUUCUCUCGUCCAAUCAGAAGACGGCAGUGGAAAAGGGGCUGCCCUCAUCACAGCUGUGGCUUGUCGAUUGAGAGAUGCUAGAAAGUAGCGAUGCAGGCUAAGAGGAAACUACAAAAUAAAAGGAAAAGAAAACGACUGGAAAAAAUAUCGACUGAUAUUGCACAGAUUUGUACCUGUACCAGUGUGAUCUUACUGAAAUAACACCCCUGUCUGUAUGAGAAUGUAUGUUAUUUAUUUGUGCUUUUUCGUUUUCAUGUUACUUUUUAGGUAAUUCAUUGCAAGGACUUAACAUGCUAGUUAGGAGAAAACCGAGAAACAAGAAUAGAUCCUCUUGCAAAUGUAUUCAUAAUGUUACUGAAUUGAUGAGUUACUGUACUGUGAUUUGAAAAAAGCAGAAAGAGAUUUUAUUCACAUUUUGUGCUGUAAAUGGUGUAAUUUAGGGGUGACACUUAUAACAUUUAAAAUUCUAUACAUUAAAAUGAAUGCACUUAUUAUAAUGAAAUUACAAUGAACAAUAUUUUUACGGCAUAUAUUAAUCUUUGUGAAUGUUAAUUGAAUUAUAAAUGUACUAUUAUUCAUUGUUUGUUCAUUGUUAAAACUGUAUUAGUACGUGUAGAAUGAACCUUGACCAAAAUUAAUAAAUGAUUCAAAAGUAUUGUUCAUGUUAAUUACAAUACGUAAAUGUACUCAAGUUUACUGUAAAGUGUGCGAACUUGGAGGUAAUUGAGAGAUGCUGGAAAGUAGCGACACAGGCUAAG